UAUAUUAUGUUUUCGGAACUGGGAUCGUCAUUUCUCAAAUUUGCGGUUGUGUAUUAGGAUAACAAAGAAAUAGGUGAUUUAUUAUACGAAUAAAUAAAAGAAAUUAAUCGAAAGAUUUGACGGUUUUGUUCAUGAGAUGCUUUUAAGGGUAGACAUUGAAUAUCGUCGAGAUAAUUCACGGAUUUUUUGUCAUUGCAUCUGGAAUAAAAUAAUGCGAGGUAAACAAGUAUAAAUAAAUAUGUCUCAUGGCUGCAAAAAAGCUAGACAGCAAGGAAAAUGGAAAUAUAGAAAGAGUACAACAAUUGUUACAAGGUCAAUCAUUCUACACUUUGAACAGAUGUGAAUUUCCUUUAACUUUGCAAUUUCAAAAAUUGCACAUUCGUCGAGGGGAUAAAAUUAACGAUAAAGAUAUUCAUAAAAUUUCUAAACAUGUUUUAAGAUCUUUAUACGUUAAUUUGGAUUUGUUACAAGAGAAAUGGCAACCAAUAGUAUUUAUUCGUGAUAUUUCUAUUAAACCACCGAUAAGAAGUUUCUUUUACUUCAAUAAUGGAUCAGAUUUCAGUGAAAGGUUUUCUUUUAAAAUACAUAAAAUAUGGUCACCAACGAGCAAUACAACUGAACAUUAUGUGAAAGUCGAGAAACGCUAUGUCGUGAUAAAUAAAAAUCCAAUGUCAUUAGAAAUGGCUGAUUCAAUUAAUCAUCUUGAAACAAUAACUUCAGAAAAUAAUUUGGAUGUAGAUUUAGAGGAAUCUCAAUUACCAACAUAUACUUCGACUAUUGAUGCAACGCUUUCAGCUUGUAUUACACGAACCGAUCAUGAAGGCAAUCUACCUGCUAUUGAUUGCAAACACGAUGAUACUUUAACUACUUAUGGUGAUUCGCGUCGUACAAAAGAUUUACAUAAAAUAGCAUUAAUGGAUUACCUUAUUAACGACAGUAGUGCUACGAGCUCUUCUAUGAAUAGUCAACAUGAAUAUUCGUCUGGUUCGUCGAUAGAAAAUCCUAAAAAAGUAACGUUGCAUAACGAUGAGAUCACCCAAUACGAAAAUGAAGUUCUUGGUGAUCCAUUUUAUGAAUCGGAUUGUGGAAGCGAGGGAGGAAAUGAGAUCUCUGAAUCUGUUCCAAAAGAUAUUGACGAAUGUAAAGAGAAAGUAUUCGAAAAGUUAGAAGAUGAAGAAGUACAUGAUAAUUGUACUCAAGUGGAAAGUUCAUGCGCAGAGAAAGUACAGCACAAAUUGACUGAUUUCACGCGUUCAUCGGCAUGCAGUAAUUCUAAUAUAAGUAAUCAUUACUUCAUAGACGCGUCUUCUUUGAACGACGAAGUGGAAAUUUUAAAUAUUAACGUUAAAGAAGAUGUACAAACUGGUACAAAUGCAACACGACCUUAUAUGUCUGUUUCCGCUGAUUUUGCACAGACUUUAUCGCAAAGUACUGCUACUGAUCAAUUCUAUAAGUUUACUACUUGUCCAUUUAAAGUAACCAACAUACAAAACGAAUGUAAUAAAAUUGCUGAAUUUGAACCGGAAAUGAAAAUAACUAAAUACUUUCAACCAGUUGUUGAUAUACCUAAGAUAACAAAAAUUAACUCAAUGUUAAUAAGCAAAGACGACGCGAAUAAGGGUACAAACAAAGAGUCAUUAGCUGUAGAAAUAAAAGAAGCAGAUAGCGGUGAAAGCAAUCAUGCUUCGCCGUGUCCUGAUAAUAGCACAAAUAUCAAUAAUUCUCAAGAUAAAGUAGAUGUAAACAGUGAUAUAAAAAAUGAUGAAAAUGUACGUUUGGAUAUUACGACGGAGGAUUCGAAGGAUCCUAAAGAGACUAAUAAAAAUACAACUGGAGAUGCACAGCAACCUUUGUUAAUAAGAAGAAAUACAUUUGAACUCGAUUCGAAUGAUAAGCUUUCCGUGUUACGACAAGAAUACGAACGUAGACAAGGCAAUCUUGUUUUUCAAAGUGCCAUACCACAAUAUUCGGGACAUCGUGUAGAUAGUGAUAUGAUUUCUAAUGCUACUACGGAUUCAACGGCUGUACCUAUCAAUGACGUAUUAAAUAAUUUUACUCCUGAUAUUAAAGUAGCUACAAAUAUGCAACAGUAUCAUUCAGGAUAUUUAUCCUUAGACAAUUACGAAUCUAAAAUUGAUAAAAAUUUAUUAGAAAAUAAUUAUCUUGCGCAAAAAAAUAGUAUUGCCAAUUCCGAUACAUUGUAUACCAGUACGGAUAAAACAACAGAUGAUAAAAUGACGUUGCAAUGUUACGAUGACGACGAUAGUGCAUAUAAGUCUAGCAGUAGCUUACCAGUUACUGUAGGUUGUAAUAUAGAAAAUGUUAAGUUGGUAGAUGUAAUCAGAAAAACUAAAAGAAAUGAAACUGCUCCAAUUAUUUCUGGUGGGGUCAGCACAUCAGAUUUUACCAAACCUAUGGAUAGUCCUAUCGUAAAACGUAAAACGGAAUCUACGCCUAUCGUAUCUGGCGGUUCUGUUAUUAUGGAUGAUACUAAAGAUAAACCAUCAAGAAUGUCUUCUUCCAUGACCGCGUGGGUUGUAGAUAUGAGCGAUUGUACAAAAAGUGAAUCAGGAUCAACAACGAGAGAUAGUUCCAUAACUAACAUGUCUCAAAGUUUUUCCACUUCUGAAUGUAUUAAAAAUUCAAUAAGAUCUAACAGCCACGAGAAGCAAAGUAGUUUAGGUUUUUUCGUCAAUUUAAAUAACGUAGAAUCUAAAGAAGAGAAACAACCGGUGGAAGAAAAUAUUGAAAGUAAAAAAUUAGAAGCACAGAAAAGUGACAAAGCUUAUUGCGAAUUCUAUAUCGAUAUAUCGAAUAAAAAUGAUCUUCCAAAGAAUAAAAAGGUUGUUAAAGAAGAUACGAAUCAUAAAAAUGUUGAGGAAGUCGAUAAGAAAAAUAUAUUCUCUAUGUUCAUAGAUUUAGGAGAUCCGCAAAAGACGACCGAAAGUGUUCCUCCUCCUCCUCCUAAAACGAUGCAUAAAAGAAAUUUAUCUUCGUUCACCGACAAACGUAUCGAAGAGAAAAUAGACGAGGUUGCUAUCAACGAAAAUUCUUCUACUCUUCAAGAGGAUCAAGAUUCACAUUCGACUAAAUCGAUUAAAGAAAAACCCAAACGCGGUGUUUUCAUGUUCAUCGAAUCGGAUUCUCCUAUAGUAAGAAGACGAACUUUAUCCUCUUCUCGAUCGGUUUUGAAACGUCAUUCAUGGAACAUCGAUAAAACACAAAGUACCAAUGGUAAUGGACAAGCACCUAACAAGGAAUCAAUAAUAAAAAAAGAACAUAAACGAGCGCAUAGCUUGUCGGUGGAUCAAAGGGAUUUGAAGAAGAUGCAAACUAAACAAAGUUCUUCUAGUCAUUCUCUCAGUGAUGCUGCAGGAGGUGAAUCAACAAAUAAUAAAAAUUCAAAUUCGUUUCACGAAUUGGAAAGUAAUUCUAAUAAUAACAUGGAUACGUCUACGGAAGAAUGUUUGGCGUAUGAUAUAAAGGAUACUCCUCCAAAUUCUCACAUAGAAAUAAUCGAUAAAGAAUUACGUGCUAGUAUCAAAUAUCAACAAUACAAGGAAUUAGGUAACGACAGAGAACAGCCAUUGGAUGACGAUACAAAAAUAUACGAAGACGAGUAUUCAGAUAUGUCUGGAUGGGGCAAGACAUGUACGGAAAGUACUAAUGGACAAACACGUAAAAGUGAAACAUUUGACAUUAGCAGUGGCAGCGGACCAUCUCCCAAUAGCGAUAAUCGUGAUUAUGAAUUAUCGGAUUUAUUAAGCCGAGAUGUUGAAACUAAUGUUAACAAACAUCCAAUUAUUCCUUCGACUGGCAAUAAAAUAUUAGAAACUCAUAAAUCUUUAAAUGAGACUAUUAAGAAGAUAGAAUGCGAGUUGGAAGGUCCAGAUUAUGUAAAAGCGGAUUGGACUUAUAACAAUCAUACGUCUGUAUCUAAAGUAGAUAAGAAUAAUCAUGUUGUUAAUCACGAUGUCAAGGAUUUACAAUUGAAUAAGAAAAAGCCUAGUUCGAAAUUCGUUAGGCUCUCUGAUUUAACAGAAACAUCUGGACAUUCUCAUACCUCUGAUUAUUUAAUGCCCAAGGAAAAUAGGGCUGUAUAUCGUAUGAGUAGUAGUAUUCCAGAAACAUCUUGGAUAGAAAGUAAAUUAGUUAUGUCAAGAGCCAACGAUUCUGUUAGAACUCUCUCUAGAGUAUUUUCUUCUGUCAUGAGUACUUCGUUACCAUCCAAACAAAAAUCACCACUUGAGGAAUUAACGAGAGACGGGGAAGCUGAAGGUAUCAUUUCUGAAAGCGAUAUUAGUAGCAUGCAAAGUAGCAUGGGACGUUCCGGAGCUGAUGGAAGUACAGAGGAAACAGAAACAUCAAGCUUGGCUGGAGGAAAACCACACAAUCGGUUGGGUGAAGAUUUGUUAAGAAUGUUUUCGGAAGAAAUUAAUACGGACGUUACGAUCGACGUAUCCGGAGAACGUAUUAGAGCCCAUAAAUGUAUAUUAAGUUCUCGUUGUCAAUAUUUUGCUGCAAUACUUAGCGGUGGAUGGAUCGAAAGCGCAGGAAAUGUAAUUUCCUUACAAGGAUAUUCUUACAACGCGGUAAAUUUUGCGCUACGUCACAUAUACAGCGGCGAAAGUAACAUACCAGAUUCCAUAAGCAUCGUUGAAUUAGCUACACUGGCUGAUAUGCUUUGUUUAGAAGGUCUUAAAGAAGUUAUCGGAUAUACUAUUAAAGUCAAGUAUUGUCAUUCUUUUCAUAAACCUUGUCAAGUGUGUGCUGUUGGAGUUUUGGAAUGUAUGCCAUUGGCAGCAGCUUAUGGUCUGGAUGAAAUAUAUCGUAAAUCAUUGAGAUGGGUAACAAGACAUUUUGUACGAAUAUGGCCAUGCAAAGCAUUCGCAACCCUUCCGAGAGAAUUAAUGGAAAAAUGUUAUUUACAACAUAUAGUACAUAUGUCUACAGAUAAUGUACUUCAAACUAUGAUGGAUUGUGAUAAGCUGUUAGCAACUUUGCCAAAUGCACGCUGGGCAGAACCGGUCUACAGAAUGGUUUCAAAUUUAUUAGAAACUACGUUGAAAUUUUUAUCCGACAAUUUUGCGGCAAUAUUAAACAAUGAAAAUUUCCAAUCGCUUGGUCGGGAUUUAACGUGGAACAUAAGCCGUUUGGAGGAUAACUUUUUAUCCGCGGCAGAACGUUUACCACCAGAACAAGCGUGUAAAAGUUAUUCCAGGUUGCAUAAAAUGUUAUUGCCCUUACAAACGGAUAAUUUUCAGACCAAGCUGAAAUGGGGUCCUUUGUUUAUUGAAUUUUUAAAGAAAAUUCAAGUUCGCGUUGAAAAAUGUUUGGUUCGCGAAGCAGCGAGAGCUGCGAGAUCAACGACGUGGUUAAAAAUGGAUUUGGAACUUCGUCGUAGGAUUCAAGAAUUAGCUUGUCUUGUUAUUUUACCACACGAAACGUCGAAAUGUCAAUCAAGGCAUUCCAACUUGUUGAAGGAAUCAAAGACAUCGUCUGGUUGUUCGGCGAGUCGGAAUUUAGAUUUGAAACGUGUUAAAAUGGCUAUAUCCGAGCACAACGACAAAACGAUGAAACAAAUGCCAACGCGCAAAGUUUUAAAUAAACCAAAAAGCGAUCCCGUUGAAAGAAAAUUGCAAGAGGAUAAUAAACCUAGUACGAGUGAUGUACCUCCAAGUCGACCUAAAUCAUGGCCCAAUAAAAUAGAAGUAAAGUCUAGAUAUUUAGAACCGAGAACCAAAUUUGUACCAAAAGAGAAUGCUACAGUGAGUCAAGAUAAAGUUAUAAUACAAAGACGAAAAAUUACGAUCUCGUCGUCAGAUUCAUCGCGUACGUCUAGUCCGGCGACAAAACGAGUGACAGAGAAAAAACCAAUAACGAGAGUAAAGUUACCCGUAAAGAAAGACGUAAAGGCACUGUCGUCUGAUAGUUUGACAGAAUCUAACAUGGCCAGACCGAACAAGAAGAAAAAUGUUAUAAGUAAAAGUUGCGGUAUAACUCGUCCAGAAUCGCCAUCGUUUAAACAGAAAAGCACGGAGAUUGGAUUGUCAGUAGAUUCGUUAGCAGAAUCUAAAAACAAACCUACGAUCGUAAAGAAAAAUGUUAAAAAAAUGGAUACAUCGAUGUCUACCGAUAGUCUUAUGACAGAAAUAACAGCCAAUCCUAAAUCUAAUCCAUUACAAAAAUUAUCACCGACAUUAGGAAAGAAUAUAAAUAAAACUCAAAUUUAUGAUAGAACGAAGAAGAAUAUAUCACCGAUGCAACAGAAAAAUCCGGUACCGGUAACGCGUAGGCCACCAAGAACUUUGGAGAACUCAACUGCAGCGAGUAGAAGUAGGGCAGCAGCUAUUAACGCUUAUCACGGUUCGCCAAAUUUACGUAGGAAUCUUUUGGAUGCUGCCAAAACACCGGAUAUAUCAAGUAAGUCGAUAAAUAAUGUUCCCAGUCGGAUAAUGAAUAUGCGGCAAACUGUACAAUCGACUGCUAUGGUUAAUUCGAUCAUUAAAAGAGAAAAGAAAGACAACAGCGCUAAUCAACAAGGAUCGGAUAAUUCGAGUAGAAAAUCAUCCCCUAAAUCUGGCACUAAUAGACCGAAUAAACCGAUCCUUGUUAAUAAAAAAUUAUCUUCCAAAAUCAACGACGAUAAGAUCAAAACUAAGUGCCAUACCGAAGAGACUCCUAAACAACUAACGGUGGGUUCUAGAUCGGGCACGUUUCUUAAAGAUGAGCCUACUAUACUUAAAAAAACGGACAUUAAGUCAUCUCAGAUAAGUACUUAAAUGUGCAUAUGGAAAUGUAAUCUUUUUUCUAAGAUACAUUACUAUAUUAUUAUAAUAAUAUUAAUAAUAAUAUUAAUACUAUAAUAUUAAUAAUAAUAAUGAACACGCAUAGAGAAGUCAUUUAACGCAGCUAAGAACGUGAUAAAUGAAACGAAUCAUGCUCGAUGUAAGAUAGAUUAUUGCAAUUUAAAUUAUAUAUAUAUAUAUAUUAAGGCACAAUUUAAAUGCACACUUGAUGAUACGUCUAUGCGUGUGCGCGUAUUAAUAUGCAUAUGCAUACAACGUUCUUACAGGCUCUAUAGCAUGUGAUUUUGUUACAAUAUUAAAUAUUACUACGUAUACACGGUCAGACGUUAUAUAUAUAUAUAUGUAUGUAUAAUAUUUUAAUCGCAUUCCUUUUUGACAUACGUUUAUCGAUGACAAAAUUACUAUUAUAUAUAAUUUAUUUUUAUUCUAUAUAAAAUAAUUUCCAUUUCCUUGAUCAGCACUGUAAAUAAUUAUCCUGUUGUUUGUGGAACAGUGUGGUCACAAUUAUAUUACCAUAUUUAACAUCUUAGAUUUUAAUUCUAAAUACAAGAACGAAAGAAGAAAGAUCGUGAUUUUAUAAAAUAUCUUUUUCAGAAGAGUUUUCAAUUAUUAAUUAAUUAACUUUCUUUUUUUUCUUUUUUGCUGCUAACGAUAAGCAAAUUUGAAUAUUUUUAUUUAUUGUUUUUUUUUUAUAAUACUUAUUAUAUAAACGAAUAUCUUCAAAGAUCGGAUGAAGCUUGACAAAAAACAACAGUUUCAUAUAUCACACACAUCACAUGUAGAGACACGUAUUUUAAAUGUUUGCAACUACAUUUUCUGUCUAUAUCAAAGAUAAGGUAUGAUACGAUCAACUUAUAUAUUUUUAGGUAGUUGCAAAAAUUAAUCCUUUUCCCUAUUUUCGAAUAGAGCCAUAUUUAUCAUUUUUGUUUUUGUUUUUUUUUCUUUUUUACUACAUACAUAUAUGUUUUUUUUUAGCAUAGAUUUUAUUUCUAUAGUAUAUCUGUAAAACGACAAAUUAUGAUCGAAUUUUUUGUCUUCUUAAUAAAUAUAUUGCCAUAGUCUAUAAAUAUAUAUUAUAUAUAAUGUAUAUUUAUUUCAUUGAUUGAAAAUUUUUUUUUGAACUUAUAUAACAUUUAGAAUGCAGGAAAUAUAUUGUAUUCCUAUAUACAAUAAUAAUAUUUAGAAUGGUAAGGAAAUGUCACAUAUUGUAUACAAAUUUUUUAAUAUUCCAUUAUGUUGUUUCAGUUUCGUAUUAAUUUUGUCGAUCGAUGAAGAUAUACUAUAGCAAAAUAAAUUAAAUAAUUAAUAAAAAGAUACGCAGUUUUAUUUAACGUUGUAUGUGAUAUUUUUUGAUCUAAGUUAUGUUUUGCGAACAUUAUUUACUUAUAUUGCUGAACGAUCAGAAUAGAUAAAACAUGAAGAUAUUAAAAUUCUGUUCUGAUCGUUUAGUUUUAUUUACAAAAACAAAUAAAUGGAUAAUUAUAUUUGUUCUAUUAUAUAGACUUAAGUUAAUUCGAAUGAAAAUAUACAUUUAAUUUUCCUAGAUUAUUAUAUACUAUCUUAGAAAAAUAUAAUUUUUUUUAUCUUCAUCGACAUAUCUACAAAACAUACAAAAGAAAAAGAAAUUUCUUGCUUCGCCUUAAACAAUACUGUACGUUAAUAUAUAUUUAUUUAUUAAAUUCUAAUCUAUAUUUUGCAAUGUAAAUUUUUAUGCAAUGUUUAUAAUCUAGUCAUUUGUAUAUUAAUUACUUUUAUGUAAUGUUAAUAAACAUCUAAAAGUGUUAAAAUAUAUUUACCAAUUAAA